AUGCCAGCGGAUACGCGAGCAUACCUCGAAGAGGUCACGCUAAAGUUGUUCAUGAAGACGCAGACAACCGUCUUAGAUGUUCUUCUAGCCACAGAGACGCAGAAAACUGCGGAGUUACAAGAAAGUAUGCAAAGAAGAGUGGUUAUAACUCUUGAUAAGAGCUUGCUGAUAAGUCGGAGCUGCGCUUUUACGAUGCGAAAUCCUGUAGCAUUGAUUCUGUUCUAUUGUACGAUAUCAUUCGCUUUGAAAGGGAAGGAACUGUCAGAGGAUGUCAUUGGAUAUCUUGGAAUUCCAUAUGCAAAACCACCUCUGCGAGAUAUGCGAUUCAAAGACUCGCAAGUAUUGCCCUUUGAUGAUGGUGGUGUGUACACAGAGUGGCCAGCGGGUUGUCCAGGCACGUCUAUUGAAGGAAGAACUGAAGACUGUCUUUUUCUCAGCCUGCUUCAAGUGAAAAAUAUCGUCAAGAAGACAAACACCCUUCUCAUUUUUGCAAACGACAAGUUAAGUGAAAAGAAGUUGGCUGGAUUAGUUUCACCUAAUUUAAAUAUUGGUUUGGCAGCCAUCAGAGCAGGAGUCUUGGGUUCUUACGGGAAUAGUUCGUUUGGGGUUAGCGAUGUUAUUAAUGCGGUGAAGUUUCUCAAGGAAAACGAAGAUGUUCUUGGCAUAGGCAAGAUCACAGUGUGGGCAGAAUCUUUUGAAGCUGAAGCGGUGGCAUCGGCUCUUUCUGAAGCAGGCAUUGAGAGAGCUAUUUUGAUAAAUGGUAACGCAAAAACAAGAGCUGCAGGCCGCGACAGGGUCUCUUCGUGGACCGCGUACAAAAUCGCUACUGAGCUUGAGUGUGAUUUACCAUCAGCGGCUCAGUCAACGGACUGCCUCAGAACCAAAUCACUCCUAGAGCUUUAUGUUGCUAUGGAAAAAGUGUCGGCAAGUUCGCUGUCUAUUUUCGGCCAAGAUUGGAUUUAUUUUCUAAAUUUGCCCAAAGAGAUCCCUAUUGCAACGCGUGUAGCAUAUCGACUACGCAACAGAAAUUCGAAUCUCACGCCCGAGCAACGCUCUGAUCUACGUGAGAUUCGCGAACUCUCGGCAUGUGGCGAGGUGAAGGUCUCUAUCAGCGAUAAGGGAGGAGAGUUUGUGGUCAUGUCACGUGAUCUAGACAUGGCUAUCAUUGGGCAAUACCUUGAUGACGCAACACUCUAUUGCUCUUCGUCAUAUGGAGAGUUCAAAAAACAAUGUCGUCAUCUCAAUAGUUUGGCUCGAGACAGGAAAGGAUGCGGGGUUACAUAG